CUGCGGUCAAAAGGUGAGCAGUCGUUUGAGUUCUACGCUUUCUUCUCUUUGCCUUGCGGACAUGAUUGGUUGACGGUUAUAUUUCCAGCAGCCACACCCUGUCAUCACAGAUCAACUGGUUUCGGAGGAAUAUUACCUAGUUAGCUAAAUAGCUAGUUACCAGGGGCAUCACAGGUUGAGUAAAGUCGCUAGAACUUCAAUAAUUGAAAAAAGGCCCUUACAUAUAUUUAUAUUAAUCUCCAUUAGUUUCUUAUUCAAGUGUUUCAGAUAUUCAGCAGAGGAACGGCUCCUAUUCUUUAGAAGAUGAAUACCAGGAGGAGAGGUUAUUGUUAUUUAGUUACAUCCAGCUCGCACAUAAGCAGGGGUAGCUGUCAGCAUCAAAUGUGAGACAUCUUGUGCUCAGAAAGCCCGGAGGGGAUGAGAAUAUACUGCGUAAAGUAAUGUAUAUCGCAUCGGACUCGGUGCAAUUCUCUCAUUAUUAUUUCAAUGAAUGAAGGCUAGAUAUCGUUCUCAAUCCGCAUAUCCCUACAAUUCCAUCCCAUGCAGGCCGAAGCACCGCACCGCGAAUAAAUCCAAAACAGCAACGAAACGAAUAAUAUCCCCGAGACUACGCUACGGCAGCCUAAAUAUCUGGACCAAAGACUCUGGCUUCGGAUUCCAAGCCUGGGCAUGUCUUGGCCCGAGACAACCCGGGCGCGGAGAAUUGCAGAUCAUAUCGCAAGGAUUGAUUGAUAUCAAUUCCCACAGCCCCCGGCAUAUUUAUAUAUAUCAUACUAUAAUAUAUUAUUGUCAUGUUUACGACUCCGGGAUGAUGGCGAUUCAUGGAGGGAACAUCGCCGCCGCCCGUUUCUUUUGGCAGCUCUUUGACUCAAGAACGACAGCAAACUCAUGUUGUCCCACCUCCGUCCCCGGGUCCUGACUUCCUCCUCCUCGAGCCUUUACCGCCGCCGGAUUCGUCUCCUCGCUAGCACCCUUCUCUUCGUGCUAUUCGUUUUCUAUUACCUCCGGAAUGAUAGAGAUGACGCAAAGCCGUUACCACAUGGCCAUGGACAUGAUCCACAAGCCGCCGUUGUGGUUGCUGGCCUGCGGAGCUCAAACACCAAAUGGCUGCCCAAAGCAUUCCCUCAAUGGGAUAUGCAUAUCUAUAUUGCGGACGACGAGCCUACCCAACUGCGUAUCCCCAGGAAUAAGGGGAGGGAGGCUAUGGUUUAUUUGACAUACAUGAUUGAUCAUUACGAUGACCACCCAAAUGAUACUGCCGUUCUCUUCCUCCACGCGGACCAGAACCAAUGGCACAACGACGAUGAGAAGUACGAUGGUAAGCGCAUGCUCGAGCGCUUCAACCUCCAACACCUCGUACGCGAAGGCUACGUAAACAUGCGCUGCCACCCGUACCCGGGCUGCACCACGGGACUCGAUCUGACCGCAGUCCCGACAGUAGUAAACACCAGCGAAGCAGCAACGAUCGCGGGCAUCCUGCAGAACGCUGCCACCCUCUUCCCCGGCGCGACAAGCCUACCGGGAGAAGUUGCGGUGGGUUGCUGUGCGCAGUUUGGUGUUACGGCCCGCGCCAUUCGAGAAAAUCCGCUGCAGAGAUAUGAAGAAUUGCGGCAGUGGUUGCUUGACACGCAGCUGUCGGAUCAGAUUAGUGGGAGGGUUAUGGAGUAUAUGUGGCAUGUUUUGUUUGGGCAGCCGGCAAGGCACUGCCCCGAUCCACAGCAAUGCUAUUGCCAGGUCUAUGGACGGUGCAAUCUCAAUUGCGUGGACGGGGAUUGCGGGGUGUAUAUAUACCCGUUUGGUGCGGGUCGUUCGUGGUUUAAUCGGAUAAAGGAUUACCUUGGAAUAUAGUUGGUUAAAAGGGUUCAUUGAUUUGGUUAUUAUUUCUGGUUUGUGCUGGAUAGAUUUUACAUGGCUUGGGGUUAUCUGGCCCCGAAGGAGGUUGAUUAUUCCGGCUCUUUUUGCUUUGUUCUUCGAAUUAUCUUGUUAUAUAUGCAUACAUAAAGAAUAGAGUUAUAGAUAGAUAGAUAUAGAUAGGUUCUUGACAACUUCGCAGUCCAGAAAGCCAGAAAGCAUCAUGGCAUAUCAAAUAUUUUCCUCAACAGCACAUCAAAAAUCUGCAACAUAUGUGAC